GCUGUCUCGACAUGUCCAAGAUCCCCAUAUAUCUCAGAUUGAAACCGUAUUUGGGCUCUGAUAAUCCACGCCAUUUAAAUCGUCAUAUCCAAGUGGUUGAGAAUAACAAAAAGGAAAAUAAAACCAUUAGAAUCAACAACUUAACCACUAAUGACGAACCAAUUGAAUUCGAAUUCGACGAGAUUUUUACAGAAAAUGAUUCUACCAGUGUCAUUUUUGACAAAAUAUUCGAUACUCCCACUUUAAAACUGGUUUCAAAUCCAAUCAGUGAUUUAAGUUCCUUUGAUUCUAGCACAAUCAUGAAAAAUUUAUUCAAAGAUUCAAAAGAUUUUAUAAUUUUCAAUAUAGGUCCUUCAAAUAGUGGAAAGUCAUUUACAAUCAUAGGUAAUGAUGAUGAUCCAGGUCUAAUUUUCAAAAAUUUAUGGAAUAUUUUAUCAAUCAUACUCUCUUAUCAAUCUCAAUCCACCAAUUCUAAUGUUCUAUUUAAUAAUUUGAAAACAAAAUUCAAUGACAAUUUGUUUAUAUCAUCAAGAGAUAAUAUUCUAAACAAUAUCAUUAUUAAUAACAAUGAAAAAAAUAUCAAUAAUAUCACUGAUUUUGAUUUCAACACUAACAAUAAUAAUCCCAAUAACAAUAAAUUACAAUCACAAUAUGGUAUAUCUCUCAAUAUUUUUGAACUUUAUAAUGACAAUAUAAUUGAUCUAUUGGAACUAAAUGAUGAUCUUAAAUCUCUUAAAUCAUCAUCUUCUCCAAUUAAAAAAAAUAAAAAUUUCAUAUCUAUUGAUAAAAAAGAUAAUAAACUAAAACCUUUCAAUUUAAUAACAAUCUUUCUAGAAAACAAUCCCAAUACCAUCAAUUACAAUGAUUUAUUUAACAAUGAUUACCAAUCAUAUAAAUCCUUAAUUUUUAAAGCUCUAAGUUCAAGGCAAAUUAAAAAAACUAAUUUAAACUCAAACUCAAGUAGAAGUCACACCUUCUUUAGUAUUAACCUACAUUGCUAUGAACCUGCAUCAAAUCAUUUAAAAACAACAAAACUAACAAUAGCAGAUCUAGCAGGCUUUGAAAGAUCUUCAAUGGCUAAAACUUUUGGUAAAUCAACUUUUCAAGAAGGUAACUUUACUAAUCAAUCAUUAUCCGAUUUAUCAAGGGUAAUCUUAUCCAUCAAUAACAACAAUAACAAUAACAGCAAUUACAAAAUAAAUACAAACUUGCUAAACAAGGCAAUUUUAAGAUCAAAUAAAUUAACAAGAUUAUUAUUAUCAGAUGUAAUUGAAACCAAUAAUAUUGCAAUUAUUGCCAAUUUAGAUCCAUUUGGAGAUUUGAAUACAAUCCUAUCAACAAUUCGCUUUUUAAAACCAAUGCCUAAAUUAUCUUCCAAAAAAUUAAUAUCCCCAAAAAAACUAUUUCCAAGUUUUACUUCAAGCUCUAGUAAUAAUAAAAAUAAUACCAAUAAUAAUACCAAUAAUAAUACCAAUAAUGAAAUUAAUAAUAAUUUUGCCUCUCCCAUUUUAAUUGAGCAAAUUAAUACUCUUAAAAAGAAAUUAGAAGCUUUACAAAACAGUAUUCCCGAAUUAGAAUUCAAAAUCAGGCAAGAAGUUUCCAUUGAAUCAGAAAAUUUAAUUAGAAGAAUUCUUGAAAAGAAUCAAUCAUCAAAAAAACAAAUCCUAAAUGAUAAUGAAAACUUUACUGAUAUUAAACUAGAUUUAUUGUCAAUUGACUACAACUCAAAAAUCAAAAAUUUACAAUUGGACAAUCUAGAUCUAUUGAAGGAAAAUUCAAAAAUUAAACUCAAUUUCGACAAAUUAAGCAAAAAAUAUGAUAAUCUUUUAGCUGAAAAUAAAACAUUGAAAUUGUCCAUAAUAAAAUCAAAACAGCCUAAUAACUCUUCUUCAAUAUCUGAUAACCAUUUACUAAUCCAAAAUUCCUCAAAUACAAGUAAAAUCAGUGAUAUUAUUGAUGAAUAUCAAGGUAUUUCAACCAAUAGUAGACUUGAUAUUCAAGCUAAAGGCACUUUUAUGACUUCAGUAAAUUUAGACAAUUCAUCGAUUUUUGUACCACCAACUCCAUCUCCAUCAAAGAUUAACAAUAAAAUAUAUCAAAAUACUAAUCAAAGUAUCAAUCAAAGUAUCAAUCAAAGUAUUGAUCAAAAUAAGCUAUUUAACUAUAAUUUGAACAAUUCCAGCAAUAAAUUUAAUUAUUCACUCGGAAAAAAUGAUAUUUUUGCUUCAACUUCUAUUGACAUUAAUGUUGAUCAAAUUGAAAAUAAAAAUAAUGUUAAUAGUAGAAUUGAAAGCAGUCUAAUUCAUAAAUUUCACAAUAAUAAUGCUUUUGCAAGCCAAAGCGAAGUUUCAAAUCAAUCAAUACGCGAAACAAUGUCUCAAGAUGUAUCAAUCGAAAAUAGAAAAAAGCUAGAUUACAGAAAUGGUAAUCUUUUUUCCAGUGAUGAUGCUAAUAUAAAAAAUAUUAGAAGUGAAUUAAGAAUUGAAUUUGAAACACCUAUAAAGAAAGAAACUUACAGUAAAAUAUUAAGCAUGACUGGCGAUGAAAAUGAAGAUUUAAGCAACUAUUCUCAACACGAUAUAUCAAAUCAUGUCUCCAAAGAAAAUGAUAUCGAUAUGGAAAGAAAAGAGGAGGAAAGUUAUAAUUUUAAGAAAGAAGAAGAAAAUGGUGAUAAGACAGAAGACAGUCAUAGUAACAAAAAAAGAAAGAAGCGUGUUUUUGAUGGGAUUGAGAUUGAUAGUAGUUUUGAAAAUGAAGAUGUUGAUAAUAAAUUGAAGUUAAGACAUGAGAAAAGCCAUAAAAAGGAAAAUAAAAGAAAAGAAGAAUAUUCACUGGAAAGUGAAGAUUUUCAUUAUGAGGGUUCGUCUGAUGGAGAUUCUAAGAAACUAGAUUUCAAUAAGGCAAGUUUUGAUCUUUCAAGAAAAGUCAGAGCAUCAAGAAAAGCUAAAGAAAUAGCAAAAAGUAAAAUUCAGCUUGAAAAUGAAACUAGUGAAAGCGAGAGUGAGAGUGAGGGUGAAAGUGAAAGUGAAAGUGAAAGUGAAAGUGAAAGUGAAAGUGAAAGUGAAAGUGAGUCUAGUGAUCAGGAAAAUGAAAAAAGUAAAGAAAAUAAAAUUUUGAGAUAUGACAGUGAUAUAGAGUUUGAAGAAGACGAAGACGAAGAUGAAGGUGAAGAUGAGGAUGACAAUAAUAAUAAUGAUAACUUGAAGAAAAAACAUGAAAUAAAUGAAAAGGGUAGAAAUGAAAAUUCAAACAAAAAUGAAAAUAAAGAUAAAAAUAAUUCUGAAAAUAACCACACUAAUGUAGGCAAUGAUAGCAUGAGUAAAAAUGAUGGGGUUAUUGAUAAAAAAAAAGAAGAAAAGAGAAAAUUAGAAAAUGGGAAAAAAAAGAUUAAUAAGAGAAGAUUUGAUGAUAGUGAUGAUGACUAUGUAGCAAGUGAAGGAUCAUUGGAAGAAUUUGAGGAAGAUGAUAAUGAUAUUGAUACAAAACCUCGAAAAGGUAAAAAAAUAUCCAAUUCACUGCCGAAGAAAUCAAACAGUAUAAAAAAAACUAAACUACCCACAUCAAUUGGAUUAAAAAAGAAUAUUUAUACCGACUUUUAUGAAGAAGUUCCGAUAUUAAUGCCAUCUAAACUGUUUAAUAUUGAUGGGAUAUUAGAUUUGAAUAAUAGUAGCUUGAUUUCCAAUCCUUCAGACAAAAAAGUGAAUAGGAUUACAAUGGAUAAAGAUGGAAAUUUUCAGUUCAAAUUUAGCGAUGUAUUAGAGAAUAAGGUCAAUAGUAAAGAAAAAGAAAUUAUUGUGAGCAAUAAGGAAAAUAUUAAGGAAAAUAUUAAGGAAAUUAUCAAUGCUGGAGUGAAUAAAAAACCAGGUGGAAUCAAAAAAAUUAAGAAAAAAAAGAUUUUGAAACCAAGAAAAAUAUUUUCGGAAAAUGGGGAUAAUUCAUUUUCAUUCAAUUGAAUAAUAAUCAUGUUCUAAUACAUUACAAACACUGUUUUAUACUAUUUUUUUUUUCAAUUUUAUUCAUUUCGUUUUGUUGUGUUUUGUGUUUUGUUGUGUCUUGAAAUUUUUAUAUGAUUUUAUUGUAUUUUUUCAGA